AUGGGCGUCGUGCCGGAUGGCAGCAAAAAUUCUUUUCGCAUAUGCUUUGCUGUCUUCGCAAACGCGCGCUCUCUCUCCGCCACCCUCUCUGAUCACUACUCUGCAAGCCCUGCCGCCCUCUCUGAUCACUGCACUCUGCAAGCCCUGCCGAUGCAAACCAGACCUCGUGUCGGCCUGGUCGGCCGACCGAGCGUUCGGAGCACGGCCGUCGCUGACUACCUCGGCUCGCCGUGGGUGCACCUCCGCCCCGCCGCCGCAGUCGACACGGAGGCGGUGCUUCGUCAGAUUGAGCUGGCAGAGAGCGACCUCAAGUUUGGCAGGCCGGGCGCAGAGGAGGCGCUGCGCUCUCGCUCGUACGAGGCGGUGCUACGCAGCAUGCCAGAGGACCUCGCACUGCACUACAAGGUCUGGGAGCUGCUGCUCGCGAUGAACAGGAGGGACGAGGCCAUGGCAUCGAGUGGGCGCGCGUGCCGCCGCUCCACCUGCAGCCCGACCAAGGCGGCCUACCACGCCUGCCUCGUCAGCAGCGCAGAGCUGCACCGCUGCCACGGGCCGGACGGCAGCUGCUCAGCCCACCGGCAACGUUGGCCACAGCGCAAGGCGACCACCAACGGGUCGGCGGCCGUUCUCGCCACCGCAGAGGAGGCCGCCGCCACACACAUCGCCGAGUUCGAACAGCCCGAGCCGCCGGCCGAGUUGCCCGAAGGCUCCUCCUUCUGCGGCUUCAACCCGACGAUGGUCGUGGGAGGCGGCGGCGAGCGGCGGCACUCGCGGGCGAGGUGUGGCGCGGCGGGGCUGGCUCACGGUGUGGGGGCGAUGGCUGUAGGCGAGUGGCUCGUCCCCGCCGACUCGGACGCGGAGCUGCCGCCGACGAGCCGCCGAUCGCUCAGAGGCGCAGUGGGCAGCGCGGGAGGGCGGAGCCUCGUCGGCUUCCUGCGCAUGCAGCUCGCCCCCGACGCGAGCGUCGGCGUCGAGGCUGCGCAAUGGCUGCGGCUGGAGCCGCCGGAGAGCUUGUGCGGCAGCUGCGCCGCGAGGCCCGAGCCGGAUUCGGCGCUCUGCCGCGCGCAGGUCUCGCUCGGCCAGCUCUACCGCGGGCAGAAGCGGAGGCGCAAGUUCCGCCCUCCGGUCGUGCGGGGCCUCCUGCUGCUCCUCGGGCUGGUGCUGCUGUUGAUCGAGCGGUGCGAUGUGCCGCAGCGUUCUUGCUCCGAGUGGCCUUUCCUCUACGCCGGUUUUGAAGACUCGCGCGCACUCGCGCACGGGUCGGACGUCUACCUCUUCUCCAACCACGAGGACUGCCACGGCGGGCGGCGCGUCGUCGUCUCGCGGCUGAGGCAGACGGAGGGCGGCCAGCUCGAGCAGGCUGCGGCCUGGCAGCUCAGCCUCGAGGACGGCAUGCCGCUGCGGCCGACGGAGAAGAAUUGGUCGCCCUUUGUGCACGCCGGCGAACUGCACUUGUCGUACUCGCUCGAGCCUCACGUGGUGCUGCGCUGCGGCUGGAGCGGAGGCGGGUGCGCCGUGGCGCACAACACGUCGAGUCCGUUCCUGCAAACCUACCGUGCGCUCGGGCAGGAGCUGCGAGGCGGCCCGCCGCAGAGAUUGGCCAAGACGUGCCAACACUGCCGUGAGCAUGAGCGUGGCAUGAUUGCUGCAGGCGGAUCGCCGUAUGCAGAGCUGCGCGACGGCCGGCGCCUCGCGGCGGCGCACGUCAAGGACGACGCGCACGAGCCCGCGCUCUACGGGACGGUCUUCUACCUUCUGGAGGCGGAGCCACCCUUUCGCAUCGUCUCGCUCAGCCCCAAGCUCUGCAUCUCAGACCGCGAGGUUGAGAUUGCAAUCUCGGCUCGUUGCGCGCUUCAGUACGUGACAGGCCUCGUUGUCAACGAGGCGACGAACGCAGCGCUCGUGAGCUUCGGCGAACUCGAUGUUCGCAUGAAGGGCGCGUUCCUACCGCUCGACCGCCUCCUCGCGCUCGCCGAGACGCAUCGCCUCGAGAGCGACGAGCAUGGCGACGAGACGACGAGCUCCGAGUGCGCGGCGGAGGGAGUCGGGCUGGGCGGCGGUGGCAGUGACCAUGGUUUGUAUUCACGCGCGUAA